UCCUUUAAAUACUCUUUCUCUAUCUAAAACUCUUCUCAUUUCUCUUUCUUUUUUCUUCUUUGAAUUUCGGUUGAAUAGUUCUUCUACAAGUUCUUUUGAGGAUCUGGGUGUUCUUUCUCAAGUUUGCUGAAGAAAGAAAUGGCACAACGGCAACAGCGCUCCCAUGUGCCCAAGUUUGGCAAUUGGGAGGGUGAAGAGAAUGUUCCCUACACGAUUUAUUUUGAUACGGCCCGUCAAGGUCGCAGCGGAGGAAAGAUUGUAAACCCUAAUGAUCCUCAAGAGAACCCGGAUUUGCAUCAAGAUUUUGUAGCUCCUAGGUCUAAUCCUGGUUCAAGAGCGAAACCGGAAGUGGAUGAACCGGUAGGACAAGGACCUGCUAGAAGGGGACAUGAACGCCAAAGGAGCAGGGAAGAAGGUUACCUCAGGCAAUAUGCUGACUCUCCAACACGACACGACAAUGUCAACCGCAGAGCUUCAAGGGACACUACACCUUCACGUUAUGGUCGUGGAUUAAGCUCCAGUGAAGCACCGAAGCGCACUACUAGAUCAAGCAUUGGAUCUGAAAACAGCCUAGAGAAAUCGCCUAUGCAUCACCAGGCACGAGUCGCAGGGAGAGGUAGCAUGCCAUCACCUGCAUGGGAAGGAAAGACUUCGUAUGAUAGUAGCCAUGGUACACCUGGGAGAUCCAGACUGAAGCCAAGUGCUAGAGGCGAUGAAAGUCCCGAUAAAAGUGCCGCUGUUCCAAAAUUUGGUGACUGGGAUGAGAGUAACCCGGCAUCAGCGGAUGGUUAUACUCACAUAUUUAACAAGGUGCGGGAAGAAAGGAACAACGGGGGUAGGGUAGCAGGCAUGGGGGGCGAUCAAUCCCCAUACAACAAUGCUCGAAAUCGGAGGCCAUCCAACAGCAGUGGUGUUAAGAGUUGCUGCCUCCCUUGGUGCAGAAAAUGAGGGAUGUGAAAAGCUUGUGGAUUUGUUACGAGUUGUGUGGAUAUUAUUACUGUAAAUACAUUGAAGGCU